AUGAUAGAAUUUUCUGAGGGCAUAAUUAAAUGCAUUCGACAGCAAGCCUCAAGUGAAGCAAAUCAACAAUUUGACCCGUUGCCACCCUCUAUCUAUUUGACACCUUUCCAACUAGAAGACUUUAUUCAUGAUCGCCUCAUGGUUAGAAAAAGGCAGGAUACAGUCGCCGACGCAAUGAUCGCAACGUCUGAUUUGAGUAUUGCUGUUCGCAUUGUCACGGAUAUCCCGGUGAAAGUACCAUCUUAA